UUCUAACAGACAGUCGGCUAACGAACGCUAGCCAUAGCGCUAGCGUUGACAUACACUGGUUUAUCGAUUUUCUGUCUAGCCGAGUCGAUUGUUGCGCUAAGGAUGUGCAUGAUACUACAGCACAGCAUAUAUUGCCGUCUUUAACGACUAUUGUGCUGAAACAUGCAUUUCACAAGAUAUUUCGUAUUUUUGUAUUCUCGGCAAAUUUUAUGAGGAUUUGGACGGAUAUCUAAACAAAGGUAUCAUAUAGCGAUAUUGUCGUACAGUAAGUAGCAAGACGCCGAUUCCAGCACUGUUUGAUUCGGAUUAUCUUGAAAGGCUUGUUGUAAUGCCGCAGACGAUAGUGUAAACAACAAAGAAAAGGAAUGUCCUACGGUAUCACCUGGAUUUCUAUACAUUUCAUAUUCAAGAAUAUGUGUGUCUUUCUUGGAGGAUUAGAAUAAACCCAAGAUACUUUGUGCAAAGUGUAGAAAUCUCAUGAAGUAUCCACUGUGUACAUACUGUUAUUAGAUGCCUACAUAGAUCAUACAAGCAGGGACAGCCUGACCACACGGGAUCGGUCGCCAGCUGGUGACAUAGCCUGACAUCUUCUAUAAUCAACUUCUGACGAAAGGCGGAAGCCGGUCGGGUGAUACAUGUACCGUAGUUGCAGGAAACAAGAUGGGGAAAGAUUCUAAGACAAGGAUCAUUACAUUGGAGGAAGUAUCAAAACAUGGUCAAAAGGGAGACAACUGGAUCGUCAUUUCCGGUCAGGUGUAUGACGUCACGGAUUGGAGCAGACGACACCCAGGAGGGUCAAGGUUACUGAAUCUUCUUGCCGGUCAAGACGCGACGGAACCGUUCCAUGCCUUCCAUAAUGACCUAAACUAUGUUACGAAGUUCUUGAAAGCAGUGCGAGUUGGCGUUUUGCGGGACGCCGAUAAGUCAUUACGCUCUAGCGUCGACCAAGACUUUGAUCAACUUAGAGAGACGGCUAGGAAGAUGGGUUUAUUCGAGGCCAGUUAUUUUUUCUUCACCAUCAUGUUGACGCAUGUUUUCAUACUAGAAGCACUGGCCUAUCUGAAUAUGUGGUACUGCGGUACUGGAUGGAUUGCAUAUAUUAUCUCUGUUAUGCUUUAUACCAUAUCGCAGACACAGGCGGGAUGGUUACAGCACGAUUUUGGGCAUCUCUCCGUCUUCAAAGAUACAAAACUCGAUCAUUUCUUACAUCAUUUAACAAUGAGUUUCACAAAGGGUGCAUCGGCCAAAUGGUGGAACCAUAUGCAUUUCCAGCAUCAUGCGAAGCCUAAUGUGAUCGACAAAGACCCCGAUGUCCGUUUAGAACGUUUCCUGGUUGUGGGUGAUGUCAUUCCAGUGGAGAUCGCUCGCAGAUGGAAGAGAUGCAUGCCAUACAACUUGCAGCACAGAUACUUCUUUUUAAUUGGUCCUCCUCUCCUGAUUCCCGUGUAUUUCCAUUACAUGAUAAUAAGGCACGUGAUCACGAGAAAACUAUGGGUUGACUUUGUAUUCAUCAUGGCUUACUAUGCGAAAACGCUCUAUCUUUACACGCCAUUGCUCGGAGUUUUGGGGACCAUUAUAUAUGUCUUUAUCGUGAGAUGCUUGGACAGCAUUUGGUUUGGCUGGGUGAGUCAAUCGAACCAUAUACCUAUGCAGAUCGACCAUGAUGAGGCCAAGCCAUGGCUAGCCCUACAAAUCCAUGCCACUUGUAACGUGGAGAGGUCCUUCUUCAAUGACUGGUUCACGGGCCACUUAAACUUCCAGAUUGAACACCAUUUGUUUCCGACCAUGCCCCGUCACAACUACUACAAGAUGGCAUCACUUGUCAAGUCCCUUUGUGAAAAACAUGGCAUCAAAUAUCAAGUGAAACCCAUGGGGAAAGCUAUGGCUGAUAUAACCAGGUCGUUAAAGCAUUCCGGUGAUCUUUGGCAGAUUGCGUACAAAGCAUAUCAUCUUCACUAAAACCAGUCAGCAGAUGCAGUUUUAUAUGACACUGUAAAGGAGGCUCUUAAAAGCAUGAAAGUGAAGGAGAAAUACUUUUGUGUGGUGUUACAGCUCAUCGGAAGAAGUACUGGUCUUUUGUAUCAACAGAAUAAACACAAUGAAUCGAACACUAUUUACUUCAUAUUGCGCGACUUAAUCAUUGCUGACAUGAGCAUGGACUGGACCGCAUCCCGUGUCAUAACCAACAUGCUUCCAAAUUGCUAAAAUUGCUUCUUUGCCCGACGCUUUAUAAGUUCGUAGUUGUAAAAGGAUUCAACAUGUAGUUUGAAUUUCAGUACUUGGCAUCAUUGAAGUGUUGUCUGAAAAACAUCCGUCAUCUUAUUAGAAGACGUAGAGGAAGAAAAAACUUCCUUUCAGUUUUUUUUUACCAAGUUCGAGGAGGUUGUCCUGCGUGAUAUAACUUUUUGAUAGUUGUUACUUUGCACAUGGUUAUAAUUUCUGCUUUUUAUGUAGUGUAUAGUUGUCUGUGAAUAUAGCGUUUAUUGACGUAAUAUAUAGAUUACGUAUAUUGAUAGGUUGUGAUUUAUGCGUUUAAGGCUUUGUCUUGCUGCAGUGCAGCGUUGAAUAAGACUGUUCGUUCCUCUUGUUUUGACGAUUAAAACAGAGCAUCGCACGUAUAAAGAGUUAAAUGGUUUGGCUUCAAACGGUUAUUUGUGAAUCUCUCAAAUAGCCAUACCUUCUGAAUAA